AUGGGGUUUGAAAGUCCGACUGAAAUCCAACGACUGGUCCUUCCAAUGGCUUUGCGUGAUCGUUGUGACGUCCUUGGUGCUGCAGAAACAGGUAGUGGAAAAACGCUAGCUUAUGGAAUUCCGUUGACGGCUCGACUUCUCGAAAUGCCAGAAGAUGCUUAUCGAAUUAAGACCGGCCCCAAGGCAUUGGUCCUCGCACCUACCAGGGAGUUGGUUAUGCAAGUUAUGAAGCAUUUGACUGGGUUACUGAGGCACACGAGAUUCAAGAGAAACCCGAUCAUCUCAAAAUUCGGUGGUUUUCAGGCAUUUCCAAUUGUAGGAGGGUUGGCACAAGUACGACAAGCACGUAUUCUCAAGAAAGAAAUGCCCGAAGUUAUUGUUGCAACUCCAGGACGCCUAUGGGCGAUGAUGCAAUAUGUGACCGAAGACGAGCCUGUGUGUCCAUAUCUGGCUGACUGGACAGGUCUACUGUGCCUGGUGAUCGACGAAACAGAUCGAAUGAUUGAAAAAGGACAUUUCGAAGAAAUGGAAGAUAUUUUAAAACGCGUUAGAAAGUCUGCUAUCGGGAAACUGCAGACGUUAGUUUUCUCAGCAACGUUGACGUACGUUAACCAUGUUCGAUCAAGAGAUGGAAAGACGUCUAAGGAAUUCACACCGCAGCAAAAAAUAAUGCAACUAAUUCAUCUGACGGGAAUGCGUCCUGAGUGUAAAAUUGUGGAUAUAACUAGAUCUUUCGGUACAGCUGAAACGCUCGUAGAGACGAGAAUGAACUGUUCGAAUCUUCUAGGAAAAGAUACCACGAUAGUUUACCUACUAGAGCGCUAUAAAGGAAGAACGUUAGUUUUUACCAAUUCUGUAGAUGCAUCACGGCGGUUGUAUGGUAUUUUAAAACUACUGAAACUGCAGCCGUUGAUGAUUCACGCUAAAAUGGAACAGAAGGUGCGACUGAAGAAUCUGGAGAAGUUUACAGCUGAUUCAAGAAGUGUGCUAUUGGCCACGGAUGUUGCUGCUCGAGGGUUAGAUAUUCAAGGUAUCGACAAUGUUAUUCAUUAUCAAGUGCCAAAAACUGCUGAAAUUUACAUUCAUCGAUCAGGUCGAACAGCUCGAGCACUACGACAAGGCCUUUCAGUCCUCAUCGUCGACUCAAAGGAUUCUCAUUUAUACCACAAAUUGUGUAAAAAUUUGAAUAGAGAAAAAGAUCUGCCAGUGUUCCCUAUAGACUGCCCUGAGUUGAUGAAAAGGUUAAUCACACGUGUUAGAUUGGCCUCGACUCUUAAUAGCUUGGCCCAUAGAAGCAAAAAAGUGAGCGGUUUCAAUUAUUGA